GGCACGGCCAGGCCAGGACCGAGCCCAGGCUUCAUCCGCUACGCGGGCGGGCUCUGGUCGCCCGUUCGGGUGCGAUUUGAGGCCCAGGAGUCUUCAUGCUGCUCGGCCGAAACCGCGUGCGCCACAGGGAGGACGGGAGCACUGAGGAGAGCGGAGCACAGGGCGCUCGACGUCGAGCGCGCAGACUUGCUGCCGAAGCGAGAGGAGAGGAGGGCAGAGCAGAGCUGAGCCGUGCCGGGGCGAGCAGGCCGAGCCGGGGCCAGGCCCGCGUCUGCCAAGUUGCGAGCGGGAGGAGCAGAAGCGCUCGAGGUUCCGCUUGGGAGCAGGUAGGCGUAAGGGGGAGGCUGCAGGACUCGGCCCUGGUGCGCUUUUUGACCCAUCGCCUUGCGCGGACCAUCUUUCCGAGAACCCACUCGACAUUGUCCAGUUGUUGUAUAGGCCCUCCCGCUUUUUCGAGCCCGGCAGGCCGAGUGACCUCAGAACCCUAUCAUAGCGCCUGACGUACCUGCAGUAACAAUCUUUUUAUAUGGCCUCGUUCCUUCAAGCCUCAUUCCCUGACUCCUGCAUGCUCCUUGCCUAGGAGCUCAGCCUGGCAUUGAUGAGUCAGUUCUCGCAGGUUUCUCUUUCUGUCUCGAGUAUGGGGCUUCCAAAGUGAAACAUUACAAGUGGCACUGGGCACUCGCUGCAGCAUGCUCGAACCGCAUUGCCAACAUCUGUCUGCGUGGCACUGAGCUCAUUUACGAAUGGAAAACCUCUGAACACUGAGGAUUUAUGUGUCCGUGUCGCGGAUUGCCUCUUCCGACGAGUCAUCUCAGUUCUCGAGGAACGGGACGAGGUUGAGAAGUUGAGAGAGAUUAAAGCGUGCUUUGAGGUCAUUUUCGAGUUAAUUCUGUUUUCUACAUCCUCGGGUUCGAACACUGUUUUAGCUGUACCUGGUGCAUCAAAAGGGCCACACGUUUUUUGUUACAUCAAUGGGUCACCGUACCAUCUGUGCGGCUUCGUCGCAUUCAAUUGGGAAAUUUUUGAAACCUGGCUGCUCGAGGAGCCAUGUUUUAUCUUCGUAGCGGGGGUUACGUUCUUAUAUCUAGGGGUCUCGCGGCGGUUUGCGAGCAAAGGCUUUGAGUGGAUUGAAGGCCGGAGUCAAUACGAGGUCUGCAAUCUGCAAUUCGCAGACCGUGUUCACGAUUGCUCCAGACAGGUCACUGUGGAAUGGAGUGAGGAAGGAUUCUUACAUCCGUGAGGUUUUCGACGUUGACUGGCCUGGAUAUAAGACGACCUUAACCGUCAGGACAUGGGCGAGAAAGACUUGAGAUACAAAAGUUCAGGAUCUUGUGCAGGAGACUGGUGCGACGUGAGUAUGAAGUGCCGCUGUCGUUGGCGAUGGGGAACUCCGGGAUUCUGUUCAAGGUGCCAUGACAAAUCGCAGCAUCGUACCUGUUUUCUGUCUUCGACAUUUAUUUUCUUCUUAACUUCGAUUCUGGUCCUCGGAGCAUUCGGAAAACUCUUUGCUUGGUUAACUUUUGCUCCCUUCGAGCAUGAGAAGUACGCCUAUGGAGCAGGAUGUCAGCCUGACAAUGAAGGGUCGUGGGCUAUUGGCUUCUACCGGGGGUCUUCCCCCUUCUCCUUGAGGCCUACCGAGCUGGAAGGUUUGCAGAGCGAUAAGGGAUCUGCUUGGCCUGUCGCUAAUCCAAUCUUGACUUGUGCGUCAAUCAAAGACCCGAACAAUCCCAGCAAUUUUGUGGCCGAUCCAUUUCUCUUCUCACAGGGAACGAAUUUGUUUGUUUUUUUUGAAACAAAGAAUACUCUUACACUCCAAGGCGACAUAGGAGUUGCAAAAAGCGAGGACCAAGGAGCAACUUGGCAUUUUGUUGGUAUUGCUCUUGAUGAAGAUUGGCACCUGUCGUACCCCUUUGUUUUCGAGCAUCAGGGAAAGAUCUAUAUGAUGCCUGAAGGCAGCAAGAAAGGAGAUUUGAGGCUUUACCACGCCACCAACUUUCCUUUACAAUGGUCUCUCGUGAAGGUUAUCAUCAGAAGACCUCUUGUAGAUGCAUCAAUGGUGGAGUUUGACGGGUUGUUCUGGAUUUUCGGAUCAGAUUCCUCCCGUUAUGGUGCAGUCAAGAACGGGGAACUGGAAAUAUGGUAUGCAAGUUCCCCUCUCGGUCCUUGGAAGCCUCACAUACGGAAUCCAGUUCAUAACGUUCACAAAAGCUUUGGAGCUCGGAGUGCCGGAAGGCCCUUCAUUUGGGAAGGGAAGUUAUACCGACUGGGUCAAGACUGUGGAGACACUUACGGAAAGCGUGUGCGUGCAUUCCAGGUUGAGAUACUGACACCCUCUAAAUUUCAGGAAGUGGAAGUUCCUCUUGGAAUUAUUGAACCAUCCUGGAAGAAGGGCCGGUAUGCAUGGAACGGUGUGCGUCAUCACCACUUGGAUGUCAUGAGGCUUUCAUCCGGUGACUGGAUUGCUGUUAUGGACGGAGACAGGGUUCCAUCGGGUGAUAGGUCUGCACGAAUUGCUUUGGGUUCUAUUGGCUUGUUAAUUCUGAUCACCUUGACCUUUUUUGUGGGUUUACUAUACGGUUUUGUGCGGUGUGGGGAACCCACUAGCCGGCCCCAUAAUGCCAAAAAGGGCGAAACUCCUGUUGUUUGGGCUCGUCCUCAGCUCAUCUCUCCAAUGUACAGGGCCGUGGCUCGAUUGAAGAGAAGUGGUUCAACUAUCAAGGGGAGAGUUCGAGCAAGGUCCUGCAUGGGAUGCUCCCUUAUAAUCUUUAGCCUGAUUGUAGGAAUAGCGUUUGUUUGUCUGGUUGUCAGCUGCCUUUUUGGGGGUAAUGGUGUUGAGGAGCCAUACGCAGUGGAGGGUCAGUUUUCCCAGUUUACAAUGGUGACUAUGACGUAUGCUGAUCGUUUGUGGAACCUGCGGAUGUUCGUCAAACACUACUCUCGAUGUGCCUCAGUGCGGGAAAUUGUUGUCGUGUGGAAUAAGGGUGUACCUCCCAAUCCUCUCAGAGACUUUGAUUCCGCAGUGCCUGUCCGCAUAAGGGUGGAGCCCAUAAAUUCCCUGAACAAUCGUUUCAGACUUGAUCCACUCAUCAAAACAAGGGCGGUCCUUGAGCUUGAUGAUGACAUUAUGAUGACUUGUGACGAUGUCGAAAGAGGAUUCAAGGCAUGGAGGGAGAGGCCUGAAAGACUUGUGGGUUUCUAUCCCCGUCUUGUUGAGGGAAGGCCCCUCGAGUAUCGCAACGAGAGGUUCGCUCGCAGUCGAGCCGGUUACAACAUGAUACUUACGGGAGCAGCGUUCAUGGACAUCGAUAUGGCCUUUCCUCUGUACUGGUCAGAUGAAAAUGAAAAGGGACGAGCUAUAGUGGAUGAACUUUUUAAUUGCGAAGACAUCUUGAUGAACUUCAUUCUUGGGAAUCGAACAGAAUCUCAACCUGUGGAGUACGUGCACCCAUCCUGGGCACUUGACACCUCCAAGUUAUCAAAUGCGGCUAUCAGCCGGGAUACGAAGGUCCACUACAACAAGAGGACCUAUUGUUUGUUGAGAUUUUCUCAACUAUAUGGGAAGCUACCUUUGAAGAAGGUUGAGUUUCACAGUCGUGCAGAUGGAUGGGACUACUGAUGGAUCAAAGUAUGGAAGCAGGUAGUCCAAGCAACGGAGCUAGUCAACAUUGCGGUUCAACCUUAUUCUUCGGCUACAAACAGAAUCACCUUCCGCUCGGACAGUCACAGGACCUGAUAUGAUUCGAUUUUCCUCCUUGUUUCAGUAUCGGAUUCAAUGUAGCACAUGAGCAAAUAGGACAUCUCGAAACUGGGAUGGUGGUUUUCGACGUCUGGAGGCAGGAGCUAGUUCUGAUCUUGGCAUAGCUUGUGAAGCAUGCUGCAGUGAGGAGCUAAAGAAGGCUCUAACAAUAGUCUCCGAUAUUCUGCUAGACUAGCUGCUGCUCCCGAUGCCUAAUGGCAGAUGGCCUGUUCAUCGCACCACAUUGUGAUCUCUCAAACUACUCUCUGUCUGACCUUACAGAACUAACCGGUUGACUAAAUAUUUGUGGUGUAAUACUUUCUGCGGAAACAGUACACGGCAGGUAGCUGGGAGGAUGGAUUUUUCCUGGGUGGCUUCUCUCUACAAAUGGCCUUGGCCAGAAAGAAAACUGAUCUGCGUUUCAGUCACUUGCAGAGUCUCCUGAAGGAAUGUCGCCUGUGACAAUCGAAUUACAUCACGAGGCCCACAGUUCUGUUCGGUCUGAACUGAACCGAAUCAUGCAUGCAAUCCAUGAACAGAGUCCGGUGGAAUUCAGGUUCGACUUGCAAUUUUGAUCGGUGGUCAGUCCCAGAGAUAGUUUGGAGGGGUGUACGAAGGAUGUUAACCGUUCGUCUCUUUCCAGUGCAUCAUUGAUGUUCGAAGAUAAUUCAAACUAAGAGAGAUCAUAAGUUGUGAAGAUUCUGGCUAGGAUUGAUGGUAAUUUCCCAGCGUGAAGAAUAUUGGAAAGAUCCGUUCUAGUGGAAGGGUUAAACUUCAUUAUGUUGUACAGAACUCGAUGCUGUAGAGAGCAAAUGGUAUUAUUACACACUGUAGCAUUCAAGUGAAUGCAUGAAGGUCUUGCAGUUGCGUAGAUGUACAUCUUGUAAAAAGGAUUUUGACAACGAAGUAGACGUGUUAGUUGUAUCCAAGGAGGCAAUGAGAGGCAAUGAACAGGAAUGGUGGUAACGAGGUGUGUAUGCUGUCCAUUGAUUUCUG